AUGGAUCCGGGUCACUACGAUACGCCAAGGAAUAGAAAUCCAAGGGAGACCGCUGGCCUCCUCUCGAAAUUAUGUUUUUGGUGCUCUCCUAGUCACCGCGCCGCGCCGCUGGGCGAUACGUUGAGCGUCAGGUGGAACGAGGAGCUGAAGAAACAAGAAAGCGGGGGAAAAGCAUCGUUAAUGUGGGCAAUCAUGAAGGAAUACGGUUUCAUCCUCAUAGUAGCUAAUUUGGUUUUCUCCGUAAUAGAAAGUGCUGUUAGCCUAACCAUUCCAAUGUGCCUUGAGGGUAUGAUCAACUACUUCUCAGUUUCGCAUUCUGGCAUCACAAUCUCCGACGCUUACCUCUACGCAUUUGGAGUUGUUGGCCUUCAGCUUUUUAACGCCAUUUUGUUGCACCCAAUAUUCCUUUGGAUGCAGACUCUGAGUAUGAAGUUAAGGGUCGGCUGUUCGUCUCUUUUAUAUAGGAAGUUACUUCGCCUUGAUGUAACUACAGGUGGCCAGGCCACCGAAGGUCUAGCUGGCCACGUGAUCAACCUUCUCACAUCAGACGCCCAGCGACUUGACCAUGUUAUAAUGUACAUCGUGGACGUAUUUCGAGCGCCUAUCGAGAGUGCCUUCAUAGUGUACCUCAUGUACAGGCAAAUCGGUGUCGCCACGUUCUUUGGUGUCGUUUACCUUCUACUGUUUAUACCAUUGCAAGGUUACCUAGGCAAGAUCUCAAGCAACCUCCGUCACAAGACAACGACACGCACCGAUAACCGUAUCAGGCUGAUGAACGAGGUAGUUCAGAGCAUAGAGGCCAUCAAAAUUUACGCCUGGGAAAAGACGUUCACCAGGAUUCUCGGCGAAGCUAGACAGAAAGAAAUGAACGCGCUCAAGAAAAUAUGGUGGCUGCGUACGGUGAUGAUAUCCUGCUCCAAGCUCAACACGAAGGUCGCGAUCUUCUUCAGCAUCAUCGGAUACGUCAUCCUCCACAACGAUCUCACCGCUGCAAACGUGUUUGUCAUCUGCUACUUCUACGAGUCCCUCCAGUACACUCUGGUGAACUUGCUUCCUAUGGCCGUAGCGUUUGUUCUCGAAGCGUACGUUAGCGUGGAGAGGAUUCAAGAGUUCCUCUUACUGCCGGAGGUGAACAAUCUGGACGGGGUCGACUUAUUGGUGAUCGACGAGGGCAGUCCAGGCUUGCAUACUAAUGGCACUUACGUAAAAGUUAGAACCGAACCCCCAGAAAACGAUAAACACGAGCUUAAAAAGAGUAUCGUAAAGACAGAUGUCUUAUUGAUUUUGAAAGGUUUCUCAGCUCAUUGGAAAACAUCAGACGAGAACUCCUUGAGUUCAUCCAUACCGGCUCUCACCGAAAUCAACUUGAAGAUCAAGCACGGAACCCUCACCACGAUAGUGGGCACGGUGGGUUCAGGGAAAUCUACGUUGCUCCUAGCGAUGAUGAGAGAGCUGACGCCUACCUCUGGCCACGUGGACGUGUACGGAGUAAUCGCGUAUGCCGCCCAAGAUCCUUGGCUGUUCGACGCUUCGGUGCGCCAAAAUAUCCUCUUCGGACAGGGGUUCGAAAUGCAACGGUACAAAAAAGUGAUAGAGUGCUGUCAGCUGCAAAGUGAUUUAGAAAUGUUACCCCAUGGCGACAAAACUAUCGUCGGAGAGAGAGGCUCAUCGCUCUCUGGUGGUCAGCGUGCUCGCGUGUCAUUAGCGCGCUGUGUGUAUCAACAUGCAGACCUUUAUCUGCUGGAUGACCCCCUAGCCGCAGUCGACGCUAAGGUAGCUCAAGCGAUAUACGAGAGUUGCGUGCGAGGUUUCCUAAAGGACAAAGCUGUCGUGUUGGUGACGCACCAGGUUCAGUACGCACGCUAUGCUGACAGCGUGUGCGUUAUGCGUGCAGGCCGGAUCGUAGCGCAGGGCACUUACAAUGAGCUCAAAGAAAGCGUUCCGCAAUUUGAGAAAUUGAUCCAGAUGGAAGAUCAAGUAAAGAACGACGAAGAGAAGUCGAAGGAAGAUGAAAAUACCACAGGUGUGCAGCGCACAAUCUCUGUGACAUCAAAUUCAUCAUUUGAUUUUAACGACAUGGAUCCCAAAUAUGAAGGCGAAUACCAAAACAAGGGGUCCGUUGAUAGCAGCGCCUAUUUUGAAUACGUGAAUAGUGGAGGCACUGCCUUCUCUAUUGUCUGUCUCGUCUCACUGUUCGUGUUCGCACAGAUCUUCUACUCCUCAAUGGACAUUUGGAUGAAGGAAUGGAUUAAUCUAGAAGAAUCGAUCAAUGCCUUUCGAAUUCCAAUCAAUUGCUAUCGAAAUACGACUGAAACAGAAAACAUUAUCCCUUCAGAUUUUGAUACUUUGGAGAAUCCAUCGAACUAUUUACAUUUGUCCCGCGAACAAUGCAUCUACAUAUAUGCUGGUCUUAUCGUUGGUUGCAUCAUCUUAACCUGGAACAAACUGAUAGUUUUCUACAACACCUGUAUUAAGGCUUCAAUUACUUUGCACGACACUAUGUUUAGGGGUGUUAUGAAUGCGCCGAUGUGGUUCUUCCACCACAAUUCUUCGGGUCGAAUUCUGAACCGAUUCUCUAGUGAUAUGGGACAGGUGGACUCUAUGCUACCACCUACUUUAGUUGACUGUAUUGAGUUCUUUUUGGAAGUCAUAUCAGUCCUCAUGGUUGUGUGUCUGGUGAACUGGUGGCUCCUGAUGCCGACCGCUGUGGUGACGCUGCUGUUCUAUCUGCUGCGAGAUCUAUUUCUUGGCACAAGUAGAGAGUUAAAACGUAUCGAGGCCAUUGCACGAAGUCCAAGCUUGAACCACGCAUCCGCAACCGUGUCUGGUCUGACAACAAUCCGUUCUUGUGGCGACCGGCAGCGCACUCUCGCGCGGGAAUUCGACAAGCUGCAGGACCUGGAUAGUUGCGCCUGGAUCGCUAGUGCUCGACGC